CUCUGGAGUUGUCCAUUCCUUUUCUCUUUCUCUUACCGCCUGUUUGACCUCGGUCGUCUUCCUGCUCGCUAUACAUUGAAUAGUCGUAACAUCAAGCAAGGUGAUCGAGGAUUGAUGGAAUGAAUGAAUGGACGAUUCGAAUAAAUUGACUGGUACAAUGGAUAUGACGCUACUGUGACUGGAUGCGCAAGCAAGCAAAAAGAGCAGGGAUCUAUUGCAAAGAAAAAUCACUGGGCACGCGGCUUCAAUGACUUGGGGACUCGGCUACCACAAGAACGACUACGACUUCGACUGCCAUUGACCUACAAACAAUUUACAGAGGAUUCCAGGACUCGGUAACGGGUCCGUCAUUCGUUUGGGACUCUAUUCAAUCGCUCUUCGCCAUCCUCUAUCACCUUUACAUAUCCAAAGUCACCCGUGGCUCGAUUGACCUUCUAAGCACACCAGGCUGUGCAAGACCAUAUCAAUCACACGAUGACGAACCUAUUCCUUGGCCAUGGUCAAGGCAAUGGUCACGGCCAUGAACGACGCAGACGCAAACACUCGUCCUCGCACAAGUCGUCCCAAUCGCAGGCUAUCCCACAAAGCAACACCUACGCUACGACCUCGACCGUUUACUUGCAACAACAUGCAGCCUCACCGUCGGCUCCAGCGGUUCAGGCACCCAACCAUUCUCAAUCACACAUACAUCCAGCAUUUAGAGUACCCCGCGGUUCUGCACCGACUGCACCUCAUCCUGUUUAUGGUCCAGUUCCACAAUGUGCACCGCCUACCUCACUACCAUAUGGAUCCCCUCCCUCCCAUCCGGCCACCCACGCACAAGUCAACCCAUCCACCAUCAGCUUCGCAGCCUCGCCGCCACAAGGCCAGAAGGAAAGAAGGGGACCUUUCGACAGUUACUUCAACCGCGUGGACCGUCUAGCUUCAAAGUCAUACGCAGACCUGAAGAACAGUACAGGAAAAAGCACCACAAACCUUGUGUCCAAGACGUCCCAAUACUUCGACAAUUCUACACAAGCCGUGGCGAAGAAGAGCACGCAGGCCCUCAACCACGGUGCUGCUCUCUGCGAUAUCAUCAGCUCUAAGCUCGACGCUGUGAUCACGAGCAUCGAUGGCGAUUUGUUCAGCGGGAAGGAGCAGGAUCUCUUCAUCCAGGACACGGGUACACCCCCACAACCAUCUCGUUCCCACCCGUCCUCGAGUUCGAAUCAGAACUCGAGUUCAAAGUUCCAUCGGUCGGAGGGCAGUUCGAGGGGCAACCUCCCUGAUGCGCUGUAUGGGUCGAAUGACGCUUCUACGAAGGGGUUGAAUCACUUCUCGAAGGUUUGGCUCUACAAGAACUCGAGGCUCCCGCCACAUUUACCCCCUUUCAAGGUAUAUAUGCCCACUUACCCUCUCCUCUGCCUAGCAGCAACCUACUCAGAGCGAGUCUACACACCCCCAGCACCUAAGACGUCCGAGAAAGAAGCCCACAUCCCAUCGGACUGGCGCAGCGGCACGAAAGCCAUGGUCCUCAAGUCCGUCCCAAUCGACGACAUGCACACGAUCGUAUUCGCAAUCCGGGGAUCCGCCACCUUCAUGGACUGGGCCGUCAACUACCGCUCCGACCCGUCCGCCCCUACCAACUUCCUCGACGACCCAGGCAACCUCUGCCACGCAGGGUUCCUCUACGUCGCGCGCAAGAUGGUCGCCCCCGUCGCCGAGCGCCUGCGCUCCCUCCUCCAGGAGAACCCCUCCCGCUCCCACUGCAGCCUCCUGAUCACCGGCCACUCCGCCGGCGGCGCCGUCGCCGCCCUCCUCUACGCACACAUGAUGUCCACGACCAUCGACUCGGAGCUCUCGCACCUCACCGGCUUCUUCAAGCGCGUCCACUGCGUCACCUUCGGCGCCCCGCCCGUCACGCUGCUCCCGCUCGCGAAACCCGCGGAUAAGAGACAUCGGAAGAGCCUGUUCUACAACUUCAUCAACGAGGGGGACCCCGUGCCCAGGGCGGACAAGUUGAUCGUGAGGAGUCUGCUUAAACUUUACGCCUCCCCUGCCCCGUCGACGUCGUCAAGUUCCUCGCUUCUUCCCUCCUCACUGUCGAAACUCAACUUGUCGUCUACGUCGUCUGCGCCGGCUGCAGCAGCGGCAGUGAUGGCAGCAGCGCAGCCGACGUGGCCGAUCCCUGCGACGACGCUGAGUCCGGCUGGACGGCUCAUUGUGCUGAGGAAGAGGCCAGGCGGGAAGGACGAGGACGAUGUUGAGGCAGUGACGGUCGACGACGAUAUGUUGAGGAAGGUGGUGUAUGGGGAUCCGGUCAAGCAUAUGAUGGGAGUUUACAGGAGGAGGGUUGAGUGCUUGGCUGUUAGGGCUGUCACUGCUGGGGGUUAUUGAGGGGGGAGUAGAAGGGACGAGGUUGUAUGAUUCGUAUCGAUACCCAGUUUUAUAGAAAGAGAGAGAAAGAAAGAGAUAAAGGGGAAGACAGUUGGUGAUUAAGGAGAUAGUAGGUUCCAUGGAGGAUUGGAAGUGCAGACAUUACUUUUCGAGAGGGAAAUUCCCGUGGUUUGUCGUUCAACGUACAUUACUUGGAAGUGUUAGUGGGAUUUUUAUGACAUGAGACAUUGUGUUAACGACCCUCAAUUCGUAUUUAGCAAUAUGAUGGCAUUACUCUAAAAGGGCUCGGUAUCCUCCAGGACUUCAGCGAAUUACUUCCAUCUCCAAUUUCCCGAAUCGAUCCCCCUUGGAAAGCAACCAUCUAAAUCACUGAUCCAAAUUUCUUCCUCACACCAUCUCAAAGCCCCGUAUCAACACCCAUACGAGACCCUCCACCCCUGCACAGGCUCCGCCGGCGGCGCCACAUUCAAGAAAUC